GUCUAAGGCGUCUCGGACAACCGAGUUAGCAUGCAGAGAAAAGAAUGAAAAUCUGUGCAUAGGAGCAAUGCAACUGAAUUCAGAAAAUGAAAGUGAUGACAUUAAAUAGCUCGGCUGAAAACGUUUACCGAGAUAGGCUGCAUGAAUGGACAAAAAGAGAAAUACAGCUCAGUCGUCUUCAUGAAGAACUUGUUGCCAAGAGGGAGACACUUGUUCAUUAUUCUAUGACAUAUGUUGAAAGUCAGCUAGCCAGACGUCAGAAUGUGAAAACUCAUGUAAAUACAGCUACAAUCAGAAACACGGAGUUGUUGGAGGAUUUGCAGAGCACAGAAGAUCGGCUUUAUCAGGAAGCUUGUAAUCCACCUAGCCCUAGACUUACUACAUUACAGAACAAUUAUUGGUCAAUGGUGAAGAGUCUGAAACCACUAUGGGAACAGAGUCUACAAAAGAAAACCUCGUCAUCCUCAAAGAAAACUACAGGAAAACAGAAACCUUCCAAGCCUAAGAGGGUUUGGAAGAGAUGAAAGUAAAAAAAAUAUUUAUAUAGCUUAUAUUAUACAUAUUGUAAUGUACAUUAAAAUAUUUGUAAGUAGUUGUUACUAUAUAGGUAUAUAUACAUGUAGUAAUGUAAAUGUAGAUGUAAUACACUAAUGUGAAAUUAACUGUUGGUGUGUAUAUUUCAUGUAAAAAGUUCAGUGGUUGUGCAUUAUUUCAUGUAAGACAAGAAAUAUGAAAAAAAUUAUAAAUGAACUUUUAAGGAGAUUGAAAAUUGAAAAACACAUUUUUACAAAGAAAUAAUUUAUAACAUUGAAUAUUUACGCAAUGAAAUUUUGCAUAAUUUAGUUUAAUAUUUAUCUACUGUAUAAGAUUUUUAUAUUUAUCUUUUAGUAUGCAGGGAACACAUUUUCAUAAACUUGUAGAAUAUUUCAAAAUGUAGCAAUAAUGCUGUAAGGGAGAUAAUUCAUGAAGGUUACUAAAAUGAUGUUACAAUGCUCAGAUUUUUUGUAAGAAUAAUAAUCAAGAACCUUAAAGUACUUCUUAUAAAUAUUUCAUCUUCUUAUUUACAAGAGUAAAACAUGAAAUUAAAUUUCUAUGUUCAUUUAUUUUUAGGUGUAUGUAUCUUUUGUCCAACCAAAUGUUAUUUUACUGGACCUAAAUUUAAAAAAAUUUUUUUUAACAUGAGCCAGGUGUUUAAAGUGAAAGAGGAUUGUCCUUAUUAUUCUCAUGAUAAUUUUUGGUAAUCGGAUAUACAAAUUCACAGGAUAUUAUAUGCUUUUAAACAUGGAAGCCUCUGUCUGGAAGGUAAUGCGCUAGUGCAAAUGUUGUAAAAAAAAUUAUGAUUUUUUAUUAAUUAGUACAUUGAUUUUUAUAUAGAUUUUUCUUUUUAUUGAUUUUCUUACUGUUUUUGAGGACUUUAACCUCAUAUAAAGCAUAUUGUAAAAGUUAUUCAUACACCUAACAAUUAUUAAAAAAUGAAAAUAAGAUUCAUUGAAUUCACAUGUUAGGCAUUUUGCCAAUUUAUAGACUUGUAUAAGGACAUAUCAGCAAUUUAUACUAAAUAUAAAAUCUAAAAUACUCAUAUAGAGUGCAAAUUGUCAAUUAUAUGUUUAUUUGUAUUAUUUUUUUAUGUAUGUAUUUUUAUAUACUCAGAGCUGUAUACUGCCCAAGCAAUUUGUCUUCAAUUAUUAUAUGUGUAUUAUACGUGUAUUAUUGUGUGUUAUACCUAAUUUUAUACCUCAUGUAAAUUUCUAUCGUGAUAUUCGUUCUCUUUGUAAUUUGCAUAUAUUUUAGUAUUGGGUAAUGAUUUACAAAAUAUUUCACAAAAACAAAUUCUCGUAAGACAUUCAUGAAUGAACAUUUCAGCAUACUUUACGGUCAAUUUUAGUCGUAACAUUUUUUUUGGAAAAGAGCUGCUGGAUGUUAAGCAAAAACAAUUAAUCAAUCUAUUUAUGAUGAAGAUGUUAUAAGCCAAUAACAUUUAUUAGAAGAAUCACAAUAAUGUCACGCAGUAAUAAGGAAAAUAUUCUUUUUAUCUGAUUGAAUAAUAC